AUGAAAGUGGCAAUUCUUCUCGUUAUUUUUCCACUUGUCUCUGCUAACGUUAGGCCAGAGAGUAUCAGCGAAGAGAGCACGGAAGUGGCUCUUUCACGACCGAAACGACAGAUUUAUUACUUGUGUGGAAGCUUUCCAAACCAAUAUCUCAGUUUGACACAAUGUAACUCUGGCUGCAGCACCUGCAACCAAUGCAACACAGCAACAUGCAGCACUUCCAGCUACUGCCAGCAGAUUCGCAGUAACUGGAGAUGUGUCAAUGGAUGCUGUCGAGUUCCAAAUUAUGAACCAACUCUCCCUCCAACUACAAGACCUCCAGUAAAUCAGAAUCCAGUUUGUGGAGGACGUGAAACUUCUGGAGGUUACUGUAGAUCUGGAAAUCUAUGUGGAUCUGGAUACAUGUGUACUGACAACAAUGUAUGCUGUAGAUGCUCGUAUGGAACUUCUAUUGGCCCAUGUGUUAAUGACCAAUGUCCGGAUAAUACAUACUGUUCUCCUACAAAUAAUUGUUGUCCAUAUCUUGUUCAAUGA